GACACACACCCAUGAUUUGAUCGAGUCUUAAUAAACACCCUUCUCAACUGUCAACUGUAGAGCUUAACAAUGUCCGGAAACUGGCUAAUUCCUGCGGAAACCACCGAUUCCGGCCGGCCAGUUCUCCGUCCCGGCGAAGUAGAAUCAUCACUACAACCAUCCGUUGACUUAGUCAACGAAGAAAACCCUAACCUACAAAUUCUCAAAUCAGGUACGCUAAUCUUAACAACCUACCGUCUUUUAUGGCUCCCAAAUCCUGAAUCCACGUCAUCAUCAUUACCACCGGUUUCCCUCCCACUCGCCGCCGUGACUCAUAUAUUUCAGUCAAAAAAGUCAAUCAAAGGAAUGUUUGCUAGCCCCAGGGUUAGGUUUCAGGUGUCUGUUAACAAUGAAGGGAGAGUGCAGGAAAAAGGGAGUAAAUCGAUGGUGAUCACGUUGGUUUUUCGGGGGAAAUCGGAUCCGGACUCGUUUGUUGGAAAGUUUUGGGAGGCGUGGAGAGGGAGGGCAUGGGAUGGGGUGGUUUUGGAGGCGGAGAAAAUGCCGGGUGUGGUUGGGGAUGUCGGUGGCGGGUCAAGCGGUGAGACGGGGUUGGCGUUGAGAAUGCCGGUUGUUGGGGUUUCGGGGAUUUUGAGAAAAGAGCAAGAGAUGUGGGAGAGUACUGAUAAGAGUUUGCAGGAUGCAUUUCAGGACUUGAAUGCUUUGAUGACCAAAGCUAAAGACAUGGUGAUUUUAGCUGAGAAAAUGAGGCAAAAACUUCUUUCUGGCCCCAGUUCUCAAGCCAAUGCAUCAAAUGAUGAAGAGAUGGGUUCGAAAGAAGAGAUGCAAGACUGGUUGUUAAGCGUUGGUAUUGUCUCCCCUGUCACUAAAGAAUCAGCUGGUGCCUUGUACCACCAAGAGUUAUCUCGUCAGCUGGCUGAUUUUGUGAAAAUUCCAUUAGAGAGAGCUGGAGGAAUAAUGAAUAUGAUAGAUAUCUACUGUCUCUUUAAUCGUGCCCGUGGAACAGAAUUGAUUUCACCUGAUGAUUUGCUACGAGCAUGUUCCCUAUGGGAGAAGUUCAACGUUCCAGUAAUGCUUAAGAAGUUUGAAAGUGGGGUUAUGGUCAUCCAGAAUAAGUCUCACAGUGAUGAAGAGGUAUUUUCUAGGAUCAGAUCCUUAGUACAAAAACCCGAGGCCCUGCAAACUGGGGUCAGUGCCACUGAUGCUGCAAGAACACUUGGUAUCGCUCCAGCUAUGGCUAAGGAGCAUCUACUUGCUGCCGAGAGCAAAGGUUUUCUAUGCAGAGAUGUGAGCCCUGAUGGGUUUCGUUUCUAUAUCAACAUAUUUCAAGACAUUGAUCCUAAUGAUCCAUAUUUAGUUAAAGAGUAUGGGGUCUAUGAUGCAUGGAUUCAUGCUGCAAUUACUUCCAGGUAAGAAGGGGACGACAGGCAACAACUAAUAGUUUUACAUGGAGAAAUUAUCUGAACAAUUGCUUGCUAUCAAGAGUUGACGGCUCCAUUUUUUAAGGGACCAUGAUAUCUGAAGAGCGCCUUUCAGAUGUCAUCAAGAUUGGAAUAAUUCCAUGCACUUCCAAGGACAGGAUCACAAAUAGGUUCAAAGGGGCCGAUAUUUAAGCAUAUAGUUGAUCUUUUUGUCACUCACUUUUGCUUUUAUUCAACUGUUGUGUAAAGAAAAUGAAAAUUAAUAGCCUUUUUGAGUUGCUAAAAUUGUUGUAUAUCUCUUGAGAGAAGAUAAGUACAAUUUUUAGCAUCAA